AUGGUUCAUGAUGUUGAAAAGGAAGAUGCAUCUUCGUACAAAAAAGCAAGAUUGAAAGAUAGACUUAAACAUAGAUUUCCCCAGUUAAUUUUUCAUCAACCUCGAAGACAAAAUACCAGUGAAAUUGUCCUUGUGGAGGAUCUGUCAUCUGGUGACAUUGCAGAAAGUCAUGUGCAAAUGAAAAAUGAUCUUGACUUAUACAAUUCAACUGAAAAAUUUCAAGAUUCUUGUGAUAAUAAAUUCCCUGACCCUGAGCAAGAUGAACAGAGAAUACAAUUUAAUUUCUUUUAUGACACAGCUCUUGAAUUAAGGCAUUUAGUACAAGAUGGUCCUGAAUUUGAUUCAGUCUGGCCACCAUUAUCAGUCGAGAUAAAUUUUUCAUCUGUUGAGAAGAUGAUACCACCAAGACUGUACAACUUCUUUGCUUGGAUGUUGGGAAUGUCAGAUGACCCCCAAAUAUCAUCAUAUGUUACUCUAUCCAGAAAGAAUAAAGCAAAGGUAAGAUGCCCAUAAUGAAAAAUAGUAAACCUACACUAGGUUUCUGACAUGUAUGUAAGCCGCAUUGAAUAAAAUUUUCUUCUUUAAAGGUGCUUGCCAUAAUCCAAGACUGUAUCUUUGUUGGUUCUGGAGGAAGAAAGCAAACACCUAAAUCACUGGCAUUAACAAUGACUACUCGUCAGAUAACUGGGUCUCAAGCUCUAACCGAAAUUCUCAGUGGGUUUGGUUACUGUGCAUCACACUCUGUGGCCUUAUCAUAUGAACCAGCUCUGGCAUUGCUUAACCUUAAAAAUGAUUUUUCUAUCCCAUCAGGAAUAAGAGAAGGUGUUCAUACAACACUUGUUUGGGACAAUAUUGAUUUUGGCGAAGAAACCAGGUCAGGUAAAGACACCACUCACAUAGCAAAUGGAAUCAUAAUACAGCCUGAAAUGAAUACUGCUAUACCGUCUGUUGAAGAAAAGGUACUGUAAUACACAAUACAUUAAUUAAUACUGAUAAUACUGCAGUAAGUGAAAUUUUCUAGGCACAUGAGCAAUAUUUUCAAAAUUGCAGAAAAUUCACUUAUCUCGUUGCAGUAGAUUAUGAUUAUGAGUUGACGUUCAAACGCGCGCAGAGGUUACAACUUUUAUCGCCUCUCACACUCUGGUCAAAUUGUGAGCUUUUUUACAUCCAACCAUUCAGAUAUAACAAUAUUUUAUCAAUUCCCCUUUCAGGAUCUGAUUCAACGUCUUCUUUUACUGGAAAAUGAAAGGCGACAUGCCUCAAAGCGGCACGCAGUAAAGUCGAGUAUGUUCGUGCCUUUCAAGAUCUGGGCAAACAAAUGA